AUGGACAGUACCUGGAGUCUGCUGGUCCGUGCGUGUGGCCAGCAUCAGCAUCAGGAGCGCGCACCACGGCGACCCCCGGGAGCGUGCCUGUGUCAUCCUCCGAGGCCUGGUGCAGACGGGACUGUGGAUUCACCUGUGGGACGUGCGUGCACCUCAGGGCCCCUGGUGCAGCUGACGGGGGCCAGCUCAAGCUCUUCCGCCCGGGCCCGUCUCAGUAAAAGCAGCGACACACGCGCAGGAAGGAGAACAGGAACUUAUCUCCGAGUGGCUGAGCUGAAGCUGACAGACCUAGGGACGCUCAGCACGAGGAGUGGCUGUGAGGCCACCAUGCUUCAGGCUGUGGAGGCACAGGUGCUGUCCCCGCACUGUGAGCUGGGGGAGCAGGGCCUGAAGCAGGUCCUGUCUGAUGUCCUGGAGGAGGUGAGGCGCACUCUGCACCCUGGCGUCGAUGGAGCUCAGAUCAUCCACAAUCUGCUCAACGCUCCGUGGCUCCAGUCGCUGCUCAAGGUGUAUGAAUGUCUGCAGAGGUUCUCCAGCACAUCCCCGGCUCCUGCACUGGACUCUGCUUCUGGACUCUCACUGCAGGUCUUGAUAGAGAUCCGAGCUCUGCAGGGCUGUUCCGAAGAGGCCAAAGAGCUGUAUCGCCUCAUGAGGCAGCCGCAUUUACAGGCCGUGCUCUCAGCCCAUGACGUGGUCGCUCAGAAGGACUAUGAACCGGUGCUGGCAGCUCUGCCUGAGGAGGUCCCUGAUGAUGAAGAGGAGGCCACUCGGAUCGUGUGUCUGGUCAAAAACAAGCAGCCUUUGUUUUGCCUUCAGCAGAGUUCCCGCAGAGACUUGGCCUCUCACAGGCUGACACAAGGCCUCUACAGCGAAAACCACCUCUGCGAAUCCUUUCUGAUCGGUAAGAGGCGAAGAGCCCCUGUGGUCCAUCCGUUUGUGCUUCACCAGAUCAUUUUCAGCCAAAACCACCAUCAAACGCAUCCUCAUCCGUGCAGCACAGAACUCAACUCUUUUUAUGUUCAUGCAAAUGUGUUUCUUCCUGGAGGCGCGGACUCGGACGUUCGCCACAUUUCGACCUAUCACUGGAACCUGUCUGAGCCUGGAGCGCUUUAUCGCCCUCGCCUGCACAGCCCUGGCCCUGCUCCUUCCAGCCCCUCUGCUGCUGCUGCCGAGGCCCCCGGAGAGGGUCUGGGUGAGCUCCGGGAAAGUGUGCGACAGGCAGUCACCUCCAUGGAAGCCCGGGCCCAGGAUCUGAAGCUGCUGGUGGACAGAAUGAGCGUGGACAGAAUGAGCGUGGCGUCUGAGCGUAUGAGCCGGACCUCCCAGCACAGCCUGAAGGUCCUGGUUCUCCUGGUGCAGAAGGUGGACCAUCUACAGCAGACGCUCCAGUCCAACGGCUGUGGUUGCCUUCAAGCCCAGAAUCAGCCUGAGUAA